AUGACUUUUACCUAUGCCGCUCGCGUCGGCUUCUCUGAUAUUGCGGUUUUGAGUUGCACUGAAAUGGUGUCGGCGGCGAACUUCAAAAGAACUAUAUCGGCGCUCGAUUUGACCACAAAGCGCACCGCAUGCGCGUCAUUUAUAAUGACGACGUGGGUGCUCGAUCCCGAGUUGCUAAUUAUGGAGGUUGAAUCUAGACCUCUGUUGUACGUUAAAUCUUUACCCGAGUACGCAAAUAAAUUACUAAAAAAUGAUUCUUGGGAGGAGAUUGCAAGUAAAUUGUCUUUUGAUUGGGAGUCACUUGAAAAAGGAGAAAAAAAUAAAAGAUGCAAAGAAGUGCAAGCUAAAUGGAAACAUAUCAGGGAUAAUUUCCGGAGAGAAUAUCAGGCCCAGCGAGAUGUUACAUCGGGUCAAGGUGCAAAGAAAAGGAAAAAGUAUAGGUAUUACGACCAGUUAUUAUUUUUAGUUCCCCAUGUGAAGGAUGCCCCCAUAUCGGGAAACUAUACGGCGGCAAGUAACGAUUCAGAGCAGACAGAAUCUAAUGUAGAAAAUACAGAUAAUACAUUAUCUGUUCCGCCUGCUUCUCCUCAGCAAAUAAAAAAAAGAAAGAAGGAAAAUACCAUGUCAACUUUCGAAGAAGAGGUGUUAAAAUCAAUAAGAAAUGACAAGGCGGAACCAGAUGAAGAUACAUCAUUUUGUUUAUCCUUGAAUAAUCAACCAUAUCUUAGACAACCACAGCAGUUCUCACAAGUCUCGCAACCAUCAUCCAUAUCCAUGAAUCAGCCCCACGCUACAAUAGAACUCAAAUCUGUACAUCCAUCAAACGAAAUAAAGAUUCUAGAACAAUAUCAAUAUUUCCCGCCUAUUACUUCUACGUCUACUUCUACUGGAAACAAUUCAAGACCACAAUGUGCACAAAGCUAUUUUUCUCAAUUCGUCCCCGUUCCCAGUCCGUCACCAACAGAUACAUCAAGUUCAUCGAUAGUCCUGUGUCCUUUGACGAAUGUAACUGCUAGUUCACCAGAAGAAUACUUGCCUACGGAUACAUAUUCUCAGUAUUAA